GACGCGCACGGGCUGGUCUCUGCCCUAAUGCGGCGGCUGGCGACGAGCGGCGCUGCAGGGGACGUGGGGGAAGUGGCGGCGCCGGCAGCGGACAGCUCGGACUGCGCCCGGGGCCGGAGCCUGAGCCCUUGGAGGUUGAUUGACUUAUGUGCGAUCUGCGACACUGGAGUUGGCGCUCCCUCCGCAGACUGGAACAGCGCCCCCUCUGGUGGUGCAAGGGGGAGGCUGAAUGAGGCAGAGGAGCUGAGCUCUGCCUGGGAGGUGCACUUAGAGCCACUCGAGGUGACAAGAUCCCAAGGGCUGGGGAGCAGGGAGCUGGGCCUGGUGCUGAGGAUGGCCAGGCAGCAGCCGCCACCCUGGGUCCAUGCAGCCUUCCUCCUCUUCUUCCUCAGUCUUGGUGGAGCCAUCGAGAUUCCUAUGGAUCCAAGCAUUCAGAAUGAGCUGACCCAGCCCCCAACCAUCACCAAGCAGUCAGUGAAGGACCACAUCGUGGACCCCCGUGAUAACAUCCUGAUAGAGUGUGAAGCAAAGGGGAACCCUGCCCCCAGUUUCCACUGGACUCGAAACAGCAGAUUCUUCAACAUCGCCAAGGACCCCCGGGUGUCCAUGAGGAGGAGGUCUGGGACCCUGGUGAUCGACUUCCGCAGCGGCGGGCGGCCCGAGGAGUACGAGGGGGAAUACCAGUGCUUUGCCCGCAACAAAUUUGGCACGGCCUUGUCCAACAGGAUCCGCCUGCAAGUGUCCAAAUCUCCCCUGUGGCCCAAGGAAAACCUGGACCCUGUCGUGGUCCAAGAAGGCGCCCCAUUGACGCUGCAGUGCAACCCCCCACCCGGCCUGCCGUCCCCAGUCAUCUUCUGGAUGAGCAGCUCCAUGGAGCCCAUCACCCAGGACAAACGUGUCUCCCAGGGCCACAACGGGGACCUGUAUUUCUCUAACGUGAUGCUGCAGGACAUGCAGACGGACUACAGUUGCAAUGCCCGCUUCCACUUCACCCACACCAUCCAGCAGAAGAAUCCCUUCACCCUCAAGGUCCUCACCAACCACCCCUAUAAUGACUCGUCCUUAAGAAACCACCCUGACAUGUACAGUGCCCGAGGAGUUGCAGAGAGAACACCCAGCUUCAUGUAUCCCCAGGGUACCUCGAGCAGUCAGAUGGUGCUCCGCGGCAUGGACCUCCUGCUGGAGUGCAUCGCUUCUGGGGUCCCAACACCGGACAUCGCAUGGUACAAGAAAGGUGGGGACCUCCCAUCUGACAAGGCCAAGUUUGAGAACUUUAACAAGGCUCUGCGUAUCACCAAUGUGUCCGAGGAAGACUCUGGGGAGUAUUUCUGCCUGGCCUCCAACAAGAUGGGCAGCAUCCGGCACACGAUCUCGGUGAGAGUGAAGGCUGCUCCCUACUGGCUGGAUGAACCCAAGAACCUGAUCCUGGCUCCUGGCGAGGAUGGGAGGCUGGUGUGCCGAGCCAAUGGGAACCCCAAACCCACUGUCCAGUGGAUGGUGAACGGGGAACCUUUGCAAUCGGCACCACCCAACCCAAACCGCGAGGUGGCGGGUGACACCAUCAUCUUCCGAGACACCCAGAUCAGCAGCAGGGCUGUGUACCAGUGCAACACCUCCAAUGAACACGGCUACCUGCUGGCCAACGCCUUCGUCAGUGUGCUGGAUGUCCCACCUCGGAUGCUCUCACCCCGGAACCAGUUCAUUAGGGUGAUCCUUUACAACCGGACACGGCUGGACUGCCCAUUCUUUGGAUCUCCCAUUCCCACACUGCGAUGGUUUAAGAAUGGGCAAGGAAGCAACCUGGAUGGUGGCAAUUACCAUGUCUAUGAGAAUGGCAGUCUGGAAAUUAAGAUGAUCCGCAAAGAGGACCAAGGCAUCUACACCUGUGUGGCCACCAACAUCCUGGGCAAAGCAGAAAACCAAGUCCGCCUGGAGGUCAAAGAUCCCACCAGGAUCUACCGGAUGCCUGAGGACCAGGUUGCCAAGAGGGGCACCACAGUGCAGCUGGAGUGUCGCGUGAAGCACGACCCCUCCCUGAAGCUCACUGUCUCGUGGCUGAAGGACGAUGAGCCGCUUUAUAUUGGAAACAGGAUGAAGAAGGAAGACGACUCCCUGACCAUCUUUGGUGUGGCAGAGCGGGACCAGGGCAGUUACACGUGUGUCGCCAGCACCGAGCUGGACCAAGACCUGGCCAAGGCCUACCUCACCGUGCUGGCUGAUCAGGCCACUCCAACUAACCGUUUGGCUGCCCUGCCCAAAGGACGGCCAGACCGACCCCGGGACCUGGAGCUUACGGACCUGGCCGAGAGGAGUGUGAGGCUGACCUGGAUCCCGGGGGAUGAUAACAACAGCCCCAUCACAGACUAUGUUGUCCAGUUUGAAGAGGACCAGUUCCAACCAGGGGUCUGGCAUGACCAUUCCAAGUUCCCAGGCAGUGUCAACUCAGCUAUCCUCCAACUGUCCCCAUAUGUCAACUACCAGUUCCGGGUCAUUGCUGUGAAUGAGGUUGGGAGUAGUCACCCCAGCCUCCCAUCUGAGCGCUAUCGAACCAGUGGAGCACCUCCUGAGUCCAACCCCAGCGAUGUAAAGGGAGAAGGGACCAGAAAGAACAACAUGGAAAUCACCUGGACGCCCAUGAAUGCCACCUCUGCCUUUGGUCCCAAUCUGCGCUACAUUGUCAAGUGGCGGCGGAGGGAGACUCGAGAGACAUGGAACAACGUCACAGUGUGGGGCUCUCGCUAUGUGGUGGGGCAGACCCCUGUCUAUGUGCCCUAUGAGAUCCGAGUCCAGGCCGAAAAUGACUUUGGGAAGGCCCCCGAGCCCGACACUGUCAUCGGGUACUCCGGAGAAGAUUAUCCCAGGGCUGCACCCACGGAAGUUAAAAUCCGAGUCCUGAACAGCACAGCCAUCAGUCUUCAGUGGAACCGCGUCUACUCCGACACGGUCCAGGGCCAGCUCAGGGAGUACCGAGCCUACUACUGGCGGGAGAGCAGCUUGCUGAAGAACCUGUGGGUGUCUCAGAAGAGACAGCAAGCCAGCUUCCCUGGAGACCGCCCCCGGGGUGUGGUGUCCCGCCUCUUCCCCUACAGUAACUACAAGCUGGAGAUGGUUGUGGUCAAUGGGAGAGGCGACGGGCCCCGCAGCGAAACCAAGGAGUUCACUACCCCGGAAGGAGUACCCAGCGCCCCCAGGCGUUUCCGAGUCCGGCAGCCCAACCUGGAGACAAUCAACCUGGAGUGGGAUCAUCCGGAACACCCCAAUGGGAUCCUGACUGGAUACACGCUCAAAUACGUGGCCUUUAACGGAACCAAAGUAGGAAAGCAGAUGGUGGAAAACUUCUCUCCCAAUCAGACCAAGUUCUCCAUGCAGAGAGCAGACCCUGUGUCACGCUACCGCUUUACCCUCAGUGCCAGGACCCAGGUGGGCUCCGGGGAAGCAGUCACAGAAGAGUCUCCAGCACCCCCGAACGAAGCUACUCCAACCGCAGCUCCUCCCACGUUGCCCCCAACUACCGAGGGCGCCACAGGCGCUGUGAGCAGUACUGAUGCUACUGCCCUUGCUGCCACCACCGAAGCCACAACAGUCCCCAUCAUCCCAACUGUGGCACCUACCACCAUCGCCACCGCCACCACCACCACCACCGUCGCCACAACUACUACAACCACUGCUGCCACCACCACGGAGAGUCCUCCCACCACCACCACCACCGGGACUAAGAUACAGGAAUCCGCCCCCGACGAGCAGUCCAUAUGGAACGUCACGGUGCUCCCCAACAGUAAAUGGGCCAACAUCACCUGGAAGCACAAUUUCGGGCCCGGAACUGACUUUGUGGUUGAGUACAUCGACAGCAACCAUACGAAAAAAACUGUCCCUGUUAAGGCCCAGGCCCAGCCUAUACAGCUGACAGACCUCUAUCCUGGGAUGACGUACACAUUGCGGGUUUAUUCCCGGGACAACGAGGGCAUCAGCAGUACCGUCAUCACCUUUAUGACCAGUACAGCUUACACCAACAACCAGGCGGACAUCGCCACCCAGGGCUGGUUCAUUGGGCUCAUGUGCGCCAUCGCCCUCCUGGUGCUGAUCCUGCUCAUCGUCUGCUUCAUCAAGAGGAGUCGCGGCGGCAAGUACCCAGUGCGAGAAAAGAAGGAUGUUCCCCUCGGCCCCGAAGACCCCAAAGAAGAGGAUGGCUCCUUUGACUACAGUGAUGAGGACAACAAGCCCCUGCAAGGCAGCCAAACGUCUCUGGACGGGACCAUCAAGCAGCAGGAGAGUGACGACAGCCUGGUGGACUAUGGUGAAGGUGGCGAAGGGCAGUUCAAUGAAGAUGGCUCCUUCAUUGGCCAGUACACGGUCAAAAAGGACAAGGAGGAAACAGAGGGCAAUGAGAGCUCAGAGGCCACGUCGCCCGUCAAUGCCAUCUAUUCUCUGGCCUAACGGAGCCCACCCGGGCACAGCCACUACUUUAUAAGUGGGAGGAUGGGAGAGGGGGAGACGAAGCCACUGCAGACCGACCACAAAGCCGCCGCCACCUUCAGGGACAAGGGUACAAGAUGGGGGUCUGCCAAGCUGUGAGGACCAGUGGCCACCCAGCCACCCACAAGCCCCCUCCCAAUGACCCCCCACACCCCUGGGUGCCACCAGUGUGGGAGAGCUAGAGCCAUGACUAAGCUCACCGGAGGGAACCCUGGUCCCUUGCCCCGUCUCGCAGCCACCUUGAGCGUCCAUCUCCUCGCCCGCCUUGGUCUUGGCGCACACCCUCUCCCGUUUCUGUAGGUUACGGUACUUCUCAUUGACUUUAUUUUUGCUUCGUGCAUCCUCCAAACCUCCAGACCCAGUGUCUCCAUUUUUUUUUUUUUUGAUGUGUCCCUGGAAAAGAAAGAAGAGGUGAGUUCUCCCAAACCACAAAGAUAGACGGAAAGGACUGAUCCAUAGCAGAACGUAGAGAAGAGCCGUAGUAUUCAAACUGCCGCUGGGCAGCAUGUUUCCGGAGGAUGCCUUUCUUUGCCAUAUGAUGGCCCCCCCCCCCUUGCUCCCAACCCAUCUGCCUUCAUCUUGUCAGUUGCUGAGCUGGGCUUGGCUCCUUCCUGGAAAAUGACAGUAUUUUUGGCAGGGCGAGGGUGGGCAGUCGCCUUGCCUCUUUCUGGUUCGGUUGGGAGGUGAGUUUACCUCUGGCUCCGCGUUCUUACCCUGCCCCUGCCUCCGGAGUGUCCGAGAAUGAGCUGCACUGACUCUGGAGGAGAAGUUGGGGGUGCAGGAGUGGGUGCUGAUGGUGAGAACGUCAACUGCAAUGACUGGACCUCAGCAGAAGACUGAGCAAGGGUCUGGUCUCUUGGGAACGGUGCCCCUCUGCAGAGAAGCCAAGGUCUGGGUUCAGACUCCUUCCUUGCAUCAGUGAGUACCAGGAUGUAGGAGAGAGGACCACACCCACCAUGUCCAGAGCAGAGGGCAUCUGCCCUCCUGGCCAGGGUCCUCGCUGCUACCCUCAAGGAGAUGGAACCCUGCAAUGCGGAAGCCUUGUCAGUGUAUCUGGGGGUGUAAAGCACCACCCGCUUCCUCCUCUAGCAGAUGUCUUCUCCUUGGUCAAUCCUGUAUGACUUGGAGACUCGUGUUUGAUGUGAUGUGUGGAUGGAGACGUGCUGCCCCGAGACUGAGCCUGUCUGUCCUUUCAUUAGGGUACAUACAUAUCAGGGGACCCUGUGGUGGCGCCGUGCUCACAGUGCUGUGACACCCCUGCUGGGAGAGGACUCAGUGCUCUUCGUAUGCCUUAUGCAGUUCUGAUCUGUCCCUGGAGUUCCCAGGUUCCCGCCCCUCCCUGCAAGCCUUGAAGCCUCCAGUGACGUCUGACUCGAAAUCAGGGCAGCCUAUGCAAGUGUCCCUGCAGGACCACAAGCAGCCACUCCAUACACACCCUCACCCCCGUUGCCCAAAUGGAGACUCACAGACCUGCAGUUCUCAGACCGAAGGUGCUGCCUUCACCUUCCCCACCUAAUCCAUUUUUGAAACCAAAGGUACCUAGCCUCAGUGAUGCAGAGAGGGAGACCUUGAGCCCGGGGUGUGCCCCUGUCACUGUUUCUAUAGCUCAAGUCGGUUUCAGGAGGGUGAGGCUGACCCCCAUGAAUGGAUCACCUGCCACUGGCACAGCCUCCAGUUUGAGCCUCCAGCUGCCAUCCAGCUGGGAAGGACCAGGGCCGUGUCCUUCAGAGACUUUAUUAAAGCAUCAUUUGCCACAUGUUUAAGCCGCAGAGGUAUUAGCAAUGCUUGCAUCACUUAAUAAUCAUUCAGUUGAAGGUCAAGCCCAUAGACACACACACACACACACACACACACACACACACACACACACACACUGUCUGCAGGUAAAACCAUAGCCCAGAGCUGAGCCAAUAAUGCUGUUGAACUUGAGAGUAAAUGGCCCUUUGGCCCGAGCUGCCUCAAGGUGUGCUGCCCGAGGCCUGAGAGGCAGCUCUUUCAUGGUGAAAGGGGACAGGGUAAAUAGAAGGGUGCUGGGGAAUGAGCUCAGGGUCCCCUCCCCUGGCUUUCCUCAAACUCCUACUUGGAUGCAACUGGCCAUUCCUGCAGUCAGGCCCACUGUCCCUGAAGGUAAAUGUCAGGGACGUGCACCUGUGAGCUGAAUCAAAUGACCAACCUUUCCAGAAUAUGCUUUGGACCCGAGCAGAGUGGUCAGUUUCUCAGACACCCACGUCACCCUGCUUCAGGCAUGCUAAUGAGCCUAUUGCACCGAGAGAAGGCUCUUAGGACAGGAAGGGACUGUUGGAUAUCACAGCACCACCUCCCUGCCUCUAGAAAGUCUGCUGCACAAAGCAAUGGCUUGGAGGGCUUCCUCUCUCUGAAGGGUGUUGGGGAGAGGUCAGCUUAGGGCGUCCUCCCACCUCACUUCAGUGUCCUGCUGUGCUCUGUACCAUCCUCCUUUGCUGUUAGCACAGCUCUCAGGCUGUUGUUUUGUGAGUGCUGACAGCUGCCUCCCACACCACAAGAUCACAACCCUCCAGGCAGGAGCAUUUGGGGCUGAAGAACCAUUUCCCCCCAAGCAAAGAUGGCAGGUGCUCAGAGAGCUCAGACUGGAGGUGUGUGGGUGGCAGGGCUAAGGAGGUGUUCCUUCCAGGAAGAGGAGAGGCCACUUUCCAGAGAGCCCACGCCGGUCCACCCAGCUCAACAGGAAAGCAGUAUUGCCCAGCACUCCCUGCCAGCUGGCCCUUUCAAGCAACUACCCAAAACAUCCCAUCGCAAUGCCAGGAGUGGGCCCCGCCACUGGUGCUUCAGCCUUCCCGGGUGGGGCGGGUGGUUGUCUGAAAGUUCCAUUGACUAGACUGCCAUCCACUAUGUGCUCAGCCACGGUGCUGUGGCUGCCUGCGCACUCAUCUGUCCUCAUGUCCGUUCAUCAAAUACUCUUUGAAGAUCUAGUCUGGACCAAUGCCUGAGCCCCAAAUACCGUGUGGAGGGAGGUCAGGCCUGGUCCCAGCCCGCAUAGGACUGACAUGACUGGAACGGAGUCAAGACGGGAGCCACUGAGUUGGAAGCAUUCUGCCUUCCGUUGCUCAAGCCACUGAUGGCUCCAGGGUGGAAGGGAGCAGUUUCAAGAACCUAGUCCGCCGGUCAGGAAGACUGCAGGACAGGACAGUCAAGACCCACUGGGCGGGGCAGAGGAACCCUGCUUCUGGAGCCUUUGCUCUGCUCCUUGGGGCAAGUUGCUUAACCUGUCUAUUUUGGUGCCUGUCCCCCACCCCAUUCAGUCCCUCCUUUGAAUACCUCUCUGCACAGAGGACAGGGGUCCACCUGAAGGAGAAGGGAGGCAGCAUUUGAGAGGUGCACUGCCACAGGUCAUGGUAGCUGCCUUCCCCGCUGCCUGGUUAUGGUGAACAGGAUGCAUACUUCCCAGUCUUGCCUUUGAGGAGAUGGCUGAGUUUAAGCUAAGAGGAAAGCCAGACUCGCUCCUCCCUGGCCCCGCUCCUUCACCCUGAGAGGUCGGAGACAUCUGGUCUACCCGCUUCCUGGCAAGUCCUGAGGUCUGGACGUGAUGAGAGUGAGCCUGUGCCAACAUCGCUCAUCCGACAAGGUGUGUCUGCACCGUGGGCCCAGAUGGUGCGCUCCUGGCUUCCCUGACCACAGUUAGCUUAGGGAAGGGCAUGCAAGCCGGUCUGUGAGGGUUUGUGGGGUUUCUAGCUCAGGGACAGCUCCCCUGCGACUGAGCACACAUCCACUCAGCAGAACACGGCCCUGUUGCAGAGCAGCGCUUUCAUCAGGGGACAGUCCAGAUCAUGAUUUGUCCUGGAGAGGGUCAGUUUAUGUCUGGGCUCCUGUGAGAUAAACUGCAAAGGGCCAUGUGUGUGGGCAUGGUGUGCAGCCUGGGGGAGGGGAGAGGCCCUAUUCUGAUGACCGCUGUGGGCCGGGCCUGGAGACAGAGUGAUCCAAAGGAGAGGAAAAAUUCCCUAGGAGCUGCAGGCUUCAUGGCACCUGCUGGAGGCCAGCCAAGUCUCAGGGCAUCACCCACAGCCUUUGAUGGAAGGAGCAGUGAUUCAAUGCAUUUUUGUCUCAACUUUUGUGAAGCUGAUCCUCUGACACGCUAAAGGGGAGAAGUUUCUCAGGCUUCUGUGGGCUGAGACUGGGGCCAGGACUGGGACCAGGGACACUUCUCAGUGGAAGGGCAACAGCUUCUUGGGAUACCAGCCCAGAGUCUGCUUCCCCACUCGUGACUUUGGGUGGGGUCCCAAGGCACCAGCCCAACCAGCCUCUGCCAGACCUAAACCCAUGGCUGUGAUUGGGUCCACCCAGUUAGGCCCGCAGAGUGAUUUCUCUCUAGUGAAGUGAAGAAUUCUGCCUGAGCUUUGCACGAUGGCUUAUGAGUAGCAUGUGGGAAGUCCCUGGUUCAAAAAGAAAACUUAAACCAAUAAAAUGAAGGGCUUGAAGUGUCAGGAGACUCUAUGCCCUGGGAGACAUGGGCAAGCUGGCCAAAGCCAAACUACUGGCCAGUCCCCUUCCUUAAACUAGAUGGGGUCACCCUGUGUGAGCUCCAACCAGACCUGGUGGCUGUCUUUGCUGCACAGCCCAAGCCCAGGGAAGUGCCCUUUCUUUUGAUUCUUUUCUAGAAAAAAGGGUCCUUCCUGAGACACCUUCAGGGAGGGGAGGGGCUGAGGGGAAGGAGUAUGACCCCCAGGGAAAACCAUAAGACCCAUACAACAGCAUCUCAAGCUGCCCUGGGAAGCAAUGCUCCUCUUAUGAGUAUGUUGGUAGUAAAUGGUGUUCAUGGCGACAAGGGUGGAAAUAAAACAGAUGCAAAGGUGUCUGACUCAGGACAGUCAGAUUUCAGCAUGUGAAGGAAUCUCAGAGCUGUUCUAACUGAAAUGACUCUUUGCACAGACCAGGAAAUGAGAACACAGUCAGGAGCAGGGGCUUGCUCAGGACCACAGAGCUGGUAAGUGUAGGUAGGAUUAGGACUUGAACUUGGGCCUUCUGGCUCCUUGUCCAGUGUUCUUGCAUCUCACCACAACUGCCUCUUUGAAGCAGAGGUAUUACUGCAGAUCUGCUCGGCUGGUUCACCCUGCCGUACCUCUCUACCACCUGCACAUCCCCCGAGACCUCCCCAAAUGAAAGAUAAAAAGGAUUUUUCUGAGUCCAAGAUCAGCCUGACUGUGCAGUUAACCCAGCCGUGCAGUUACAGGCAGCCCUAGGCCACUAGACUGGAAUGACAAGCUGAUCGGUGUUUGUUACUGUGAAACCUAGACUGAACCCCCAGCAUGGCGUCUCUUGCUUCGUCACGCAUUGGACCCUCAGCACACUGUAUUCCCCAGAAGUGAGGGUGCAGAGGAGUCUCUGUCCUUUCUUGGCUGCAGGGUGCUGAGGGGGCAGCAGGACCCUGGGAAGUCUGCCACCUGGGAUUUGCUGGGCUGGAGUUCAGCAGUCGAAAAGACUUCAGUGAGCAAUAAACACAAAAGUCUGGGAAGAGAUAUCCAGAAUUUUGUGUACUACUCGGUUUGUUUUUGGAAAAUGAUGCAGAUCAGAUGACCCUGGCCUGCUCUUUUUUCUGAUUCCCAAAUGCAAUGUCCUCAGUCAGUGUUGUCCCUCUGCCCAGCUCCCCAGCUCUUUGCCAACUUCUUCUCACUCCUCUGGAGCUGAGCAUUAGUCGCCUGUGACAUGGCCGCCUUCUGUCCUGGUCCCACUCUCAGCCCUUGCUGGACCCCAGAGCCCUGGGCGCUGCCCCCACACCUCCCCGCACCGUUCCCAUGUGUUCUUUUCGGCGGGGGAAGUCCUUCAUGCGUCUCCAUUCCUUCCAGCAUUCCCACACUCCCAUGCAUCGGUCCGAUCUUUGUUCCAUUGGUUAAACAUUUAACUCUCGUGGUGGGCCUUGUUUUAACCCCUCUCACAUGGUGUUCUUUCCUUUUCAUGAGUUUAUUUUGCAUUAACCAACUUUGUCGGCGACAGAUGCGUAUCUGAGGGCGUCCCGUGCGACCUUCAGAAGGGAAGAUUUCUGGGCCAUGGAAGAUCGUCUAAUACAUGGACUUAUAAACUGACUGCAUGAACAAUGAAAAGGCCAAAUUAUUCCCAAUUUUUUUUGAAUCACUGUAAAAAAGACUGAUUUCUUUUGUAUAGAGAACACUAAACGUAUAAUAAAAGUUGU